CACCGGACGACGGUGCGCAUCCCCCGGAUCCGUCGCUUCUUUCUUUCUUUCACGUUUUCCCUUCUUGCGCUUUUUGUUUUCUUUUCCUUUUAUUUGCAUCGCGUUUGCUCAGGUUUGCUUCCUCGCGUCCCGCAGAGUUACGUACAUAUAUAUACGACCCUGAACCCACUACCCGCUCUGAUAACAUAACUUCACUGUUAUCGCAUACAUACUCCCCGCCAUCCUGGCCCUGGAUCAUCCCUUCUUCCGCACAUCACAUCGCAUCGCAUUCGCCUUGCGUCCAUCUUAUUACCAUGUCGGCCGCACUGCCUUACCUGAAUAAACUGCGCAAGAGCGAUCUUGUUGAUUUCGCCGAAAUCACUGGUCUCAAUGGCUACAAAGACUACAACAAACCAGACCUGAUAAUUGCGCUGGACAGUCAUCUUGCUACUAACCGCUCUACUUUCGCUGAUAAUAACCGGUUUGCGGACUAUUACAAGCGUCUGGCGCAGCCGGCGAGGUUUGCGACGCCUGCGAAGAGGGCGAUGAGGGUUGAGGUGCCUUCGUCAUCGCCGGCGGAGGUUUUGAUGAGGUCGUCACGUCGGCAGAGGGCUGUUCAGCCUGAGCCGGUUGUGAAGAAGGAGAAGGAGAGUGAGAGUGAGCAGGAACAUGAGGAGACCAAGUCGGAACAGAGUGUGGCGGCUACUGACGAUUCCGAAGCCGCUACUGUCCAGGGAAUUACUGCUGUUCAGCCAGAGACUCCAAAGGUUCCAACUCCGAAGGCCCCGAUCAUGAACAAUGUGGAACUACCUCCCUCUCCAGCUGUGGUUACGGAUGUGAUUGAUCGUCAGACCGCUGCGUGGAGCAAGAGCAUCAAUGAAACUUGGACUUCGUCAGGAGUCGUCGAGGGCUCGAACGCGCUGCGCUCCCUUCUUAGCAGCGCCAAGGCCAUUGAGACCCUGGUCUUGCUCCUCGAAGGAUCCGGCAUCAUCCGGCAGAUCUGGCCGUUGCGUUACCUCACUACCGUUCCUGCUAUUGAGGCAAUUCACACCCCGGAGUUUGUGCUUAACGUUCCCGAUUUCUUCAUUCUUCUUGACGGAGCUUUCUGGGCUCCGUUCUCGCUGUGGCUGUUGACCAACGUCUUUCUGCCGCUUGGCACUGCCUACUUUUUCAAUCUCAAGGCGACAAGCACAGCUACCCGCAACAGUAAUCCACAGAGAACUAACUUCGACCCAUUGAGUUUCAACAUCGCUCGUGCAUUGAUCGCGUAUCUGGUCUAUGCCAAGCAUUUCAGUUUCUGGGAUCUGUACAGCGGUUUCACGAUCGACAAAGUCAAUGCUUCGGUGCCGGGUGAGUGGACUGGGAUGUUGACUGGUACUGCUAUUGGGCUUGUUGGAACGCUGUAUGAGGCGAUUCUUCAGAAGUGAUUUGUUUUUUGAUGGUAUUGGAUUGGUUGGUGUUGGUGGAUUGGUGUUAGUGCUGGUAUGCUAGUUUCAUGAUUUUGGGUGUAGGGUGUUGGUAUAUAUGCGGUUAUGGUUUA